CAGCAUUUCGUCUUUGAAAAGACUCGAAAUGCUCACAAACUGUUUAACAUCACGUGAAAACUUUAAACAACCUUAGUCAAAACCACAAAAGUUUAAAAACUGCGUUACACUACAGUAAUCAUUAACCUGGACAACCGUGACGGUGCAGAAACACCACGGACUGACUCAGAAGAGCUCGUGGCCAACCGUUAACGAUUUUAAGGAAUGGCUAGUAGCAAUAACAAUAACGCCCCUCAAUUUUCGUUUGGGUCAAACCUGCAGAAUAAUGCAUCUGCUGGAAAUGCCACUCCAGCGUCUAAAGGUUUGUUCUCUAAUUUGAGUACGACACCCGCUGGAACACCUCCCACAGGUCUUUUCGGCUCUCAAUCAAACACUACCAACAACACGGGAACUGGUUUCUCAUUCGGAGGUGCAUCCAAACCCAACUUUUCCUUCGGCGGUGCUACAAACAAUUCCACGCAGCCCACCACUAAUGCGGCUGCUCCAAGCUUUACAUUUGGACAAAAUUCACAGUCUUCCACGACAAACGCGGCGGCCCCUGGCGCUGCUGGUUUCUCUUUUGGAAAAUCAAAUGAAACAAAAACGGCCGAGGCUAACAAACCCGCGACAACGGGGUUCAAUUUUGCUAAACCCGCUGCCCCUGCAUCUACGACCACGUCUGGCACUGUUCCUUCUGCAGGUUUCACUUUUGGCAGCACAACAACCGGUUCGGCACCCGCUGCAACAACGGCCAGUGCUUCCACUGGCGCUUCCGCCGGUUUCAACACAAACGCAAAGCCCGCUGCACCCUCCAGCGGUUUUACUUUUGGACAAAAGCCAGGAAUGACAGGUACAGCGAACACUACUGCCUCUCAACCAACAACUUCUUCUACAGGCUUUGCCUUCGGCAAGCCCGCCGAAACAAAUAGCAAGCCUGCGACAACUACUACCACAAGCGGUGGAUUCAAUUUCGGCAAGACUGCCGAAGCGAAGCCCGCUGAUGCUAAUGCAACAAAAACAACAACCCCCUCUACCGGUUUUUCGUUUGGAAAACCCGCCGAGACCAAGCCCGCCGAGUCUUCUGCCAAGCCUGCUGCUGCUACAACUACUACAACUACUACCCCUUCUACCGGCUUUUCUUUCGGUAAGACCACCGAAAGCAAACCUGCCGAUAAACCCGCCUCAGGUACUACUACCGCCCCCACUGGCUUUUCUUUUGGAGGAAAACCCACUGAGUCGAAACCCACCGACUCUAAAACAGAAACAGCUUUGACCAAGCCUAGCGGCGCUGCUGGUACAGUUGUUACCAAGAGCACUGGUCCCUCGGAACCCGCUCCUUCUUCCCUUCAACACAAGUCACUUCAAGAAAUUCUUAACAAAUGGUCUGCUGAUUUGAGCACCCAAACGGCGUCUUUCGACAAACUCUGCGAUCAGGUGGCUGAAUGGGACAAAAUUUUGUUGGAAAAUGGACAACAAAUCUCUAAACUUUAUUCUGAAACCGUCGAGGCAGAGCAUCUGUCGAAUAGACUUGACGAUGGUUUACAGUAUAUUACUUCUAGUCAACAGGAACUGUCUAAUCUGUUGGACACUUAUGAGACGCAACUGGAGACCUUAGAUAACAGAACGACGAGUGCACCGAAUCUGGAGCGCGAACGUGCAUUCAAUUCUGCCGAUGAGAUUCUGUGCCGAUUGGACCGGUUAGGCGAGGAUGUCGGUACUGUCAUUACACAACUCAACGAAUUCUCCAAGCCCGAUGACUCCAUUUCUGAGAUUGUCAAGGUCCUUAAUUCCCAAUUAGCCAGUUUGGGCUGGGUGGAAAGCAAGGUUUCACAAAUGGAAGAAAAGAUUGGAAGUAUAAAAAAACGGAACGGAGACAUCAUGUUUUAGGUUAUUUGUAUAUGACAAAAAGGGCCUCCUUGGUCAGUUCUUUUCUCUCCGUUCUACGUAGUCAUGUCUAAAUCUACGUACUACGUGUGUCCUUUUCACAUCCUUGGUAAUAGUAUUCCCAUGUUUAAAAGUUAUAUAUACAGUAUGGAGUUACUUUGUCACAAGACAGCGGCAUCCCUAGCUCUAGAGUUAUAAACUAUGAUAUUUUUUAGUAGCUAAACUGGUUUUCAAUUGAAUUUCUUGUCUUUCUAUAGCUAUGCGAGUUUUUGUU